AGAGAGCGAGAGAGAGCGAGAGAGAGAGACGCUCUGGCAGUGACCGGGCAAAAAAAAAAAAAAAAAAAAAAAAAAGAAAGAUAUAAAUACGUUUACGUGGGUAUAAAACGCUUGAAGUGCAGCUUGUAGUGAAGUCGAAGCGCUAGUGGUGUGUUUUUUGUGCUCGGUUUCUACGCGCUAACGUCCGAGCGAGAGCAGCGCGAGCGUCUUUUGUCGGUUUAAACUUCUAAAUGAGUGCGGAUUUAAAUUAACAAUCCGGUUUGAAUGGAUUGCAUUUUUCGCCGCUCCCCCCUAGAACAGGGACAAUCGGAGGAGCACACGGACUGGAAAUAUUGCGAGGGAAGUUAAACAUUUUCUCCGCAAUCGCAUGACAAGCGUAUUGUUAUUAUUAUUGUUAUUGUUGUUAUUAUUAUUUUGUGUGUGCGUGUGUGUGUAUUAACAUUUAUGCUAGUUUGCGCUAACUAGCAUCGGCUAGCUGUAAACAGGGUAUUUGUUUUUGCUUCCCUUAGAAACGGUUCAUAAUUUGGGCCUGUGUAGUAGUAGUAGCAGCAGCAGGAGUAGUUGUUGAUAUUAUUAUUAUUAUUGUUAUUGUUAUUUUUUUAUUUUGGAGAGUUUAAGCUCAGUCAUCCCUCCCCCCAUCCCCAUCAAAAGGCGCCGAGAUUGGGCGAAUAGCGAGCAAAUACGUCCGCGUUUCUCUGCCCGCGCCCCCGCCGGCUUCCCUGCCUCAUUCCCCGGCGCCGACCUCAGGAAAGGCCGAGGUCGCGUCAGCGCAGGCCCGGCCCGACCCGUGCAGCCCCGAUCCUCACCCUCACCCGCAUCCGCAACCUCCGGCUCCCCGGUGCCCUUUCGCUACGGAACCGAACCCGGAUAAGGGCCAGGGAAACCAAGACGACGACGACGACAGCAGCAGGAACCGUGAGAUCACAAACAUGAACCAUCAUCACCACCAGACGCAGCAGCAGCAGCAGAAAGCCGGCGAGCAGCAGCUCAGCGAGCCCGAGGACAUGGAGAUGGAAGCUGGGGACACGGAUGAUCCCCCAAGAAUCCCUCAAAAUCCGGUCAUCAACGGGAAUGUGGCAAUGGCAGACGGACACAACAACACAGAAGAAGACAUGGAGGACGAUACGAGCUGGCGUUCCGAGGCCACCUUCCGCUUCGUGGUGGAGCGCUUCAGCCGGCUCAGCGAGUCGGUUCUCAGCCCGUCGUGUUUCGUAAGGAACCUGCCGUGGAAGAUCAUGGUCAUGCCUCGCUUCUAUCCCGACCGGCCUCACCAGAAGAGCGUCGGCUUUUUCCUGCAGUGCAACGCCGAGUCCGACUCCACGUCAUGGUCAUGUCACGCUCAAGCCAUGCUGAAAAUCAUCAACUACAAGGACGACGAGAAGUCGUUCAGCCGGCGCAUCAGCCACCUGUUCUUCCACAAAGAAAACGACUGGGGUUUCUCCAACUUCAUGUCAUGGAGCGACGUAACCGACCCGGAGAGAGGCUUUGUGGAAGACGAUAAGGUCACGUUCGAGGUUUCUGUCCAGGCCGAUGCUCCUCACGGUGUAGCAUGGGAUUCAAAGAAGCAUACUGGAUAUGUAGGGUUAAAGAACCAAGGAGCCACGUGCUACAUGAACAGUCUGCUGCAAACACUCUUCUUCACCAACCAGCUCCGGCGGGCGGUCUACAUGAUGCCCACUGAGGGAGACGACUCCUCCAAAAGCGUUCCUCUGGCACUGCAGAGGGUCUUCUACGAGCUCCAGCACAGCGAUAAGCCCGUCGGCACAAAGAAACUGACCAAGUCUUUUGGAUGGGAGACGUUGGACAGUUUCAUGCAGCACGAUGUCCAGGAGCUGUGCAGAGUGCUUCUGGACAACGUCGAGAACAAGAUGAAGGGGACGUGCGUGGAAGGCACCAUCCCGAAACUCUUCAGAGGAAAGAUGGUGUCCUACAUCCAGUGUAAGCACGUGGAUUAUAGAUCUGAGCGAAUAGAGGAUUACUACGACAUCCAGCUCAGCAUAAAGGGAAAGAAAAACAUCUUUGAGUCAUUUAAAGAUUACGUGGCGGUGGAGCAGCUCGACGGGGAUAACAAGUACGAUGCGGGGGAGCACGGCCUACAGGAAGCUGAGAAGGGGGUGAAGUUCCUCACUUUUCCUCCCAUCCUGCACUUACAGCUCAUGAGGUUCAUGUACGACCCCCAAACCGACCAAAACAUUAAGAUCAACGACAGGUUCGAGUUUCCCGAUCAGUUACCACUGGACGAGUUCCUGCAGAAGCCGGACGUGAAGGACCCGGCCAACUACAUCCUGCACGCCGUGUUGGUGCACAGCGGAGACAACCACGGCGGCCACUACGUCGUCUAUCUCAACCCCAAAGGAGACGGCAAAGUGAGUGUCACGGAGCCAAUAUGGUGCAAGUUCGACGACGACGUCGUUUCCCGAUGCACUAAAGAAGAGGCCAUCGAGCACAACUACGGCGGCCAUGACGACGACCUCUCCGUGCGCCACUGCACCAACGCCUACAUGCUGGUCUACAUCCGAGAGUCCAAGCUCAGCGAGGUGCUGCAGCCCGUCACAGACAUGGACAUCCCUCAGCAGCUGGUGGAGAGACUGCAGGAGGAGAAGCGGGUGGAGGCCCAGAAACGGAAGGAGCGCCAGGAAGCUCAUCUCUACAUGCAAGUGCAGAUGGUGACAGAGGACCAGUUCUGCGGGCACCAGGGCAACGACAUGUACGACGAGGAGAAAGUGAAGUACACCGUGUUCAAGGUGCUGAAGAGCUCCACCCUGGCCGAGUUUGUGCAGAACCUCUCUCAGACCAUGGGUUUCCCACAGGACCAGAUGCGGCUGUGGCCCAUGCAGGCCAGGAGCAACGGCACCAAGCGGCCGGCCAUGUUGGACUACGAGGCAGACUGCAACAAGUCUAUGAUCGACUUGAGCGACAACGAGAACCCCUGGACAAUAUUUCUGGAAACAGUAGAUCCAGAAAUGGCUGCCAGCGGCGCAACGUUACCCAAAUUCGACAAAGACCAUGAUGUCAUGUUGUUCUUGAAGAUGUAUGACCCAAAAACCAGAAGCUUAAAUUAUUGUGGACAUAUCUACACGCCUAUAUCCUGUAAAAUACGAGACUUGCUGCCCGUCAUGUGUGAAAGAGCAGGGUUUCAGCAGGGAACUAGUCUUAUCCUCUAUGAGGAAGUUAAACCGAAUUUAACGGAGCGGAUACAGGACUACGACGUCUCCCUGGAUAAAGCUCUGGACGAGCUCAUGGACGGAGACAUAAUCGUGUUCCAGAAGGAUGACCCAGAAAACGAUACCAGUGAGCUGCCAACGGCAAAAGACUACUUCAGAGACCUGUACCACCGCGUGGACGUCAUCUUCUGCGACAAAACCAUCCACAACGACCCGGGCUUCGUUGUUACACUAUCCAACAGAAUGAACUACUUCCAGGUGGCAAAGACUGUUGCGCAGAGGUUAAACACUGACCCCAUGCUCCUACAGUUCUUCAAGUCACAGGGGUACAGGGACGGCCCGGGCAACCCACUCAGGCACAACUACGAGGGAACUCUCCGAGACCUGCUGCAGUUCUUCAAACCACGGCAGCCCAAGAAGCUCUACUACCAACAGCUCAAGAUGAAGAUCACAGACUUUGAAAACCGGAGGAGUUUCAAGUCCAUAUGGCUGAACAGUCAGUUUCGGGAGGAGGAGAUCACACUAUACCCAGACAAGCAUGGCUGUGUUCGAGACCUUCUCGAGGAAUGUAAAAAGGCCGUGGAGCUCUCGGACAAAGGCUCAGAGAAGCUCAGGCUGUUAGAAAUCGUAAGCUACAAAAUUAUCGGGGUUCACCAAGAGGACGAACUGCUAGAAUGUUUAUCUCCCGCAGCCAGUCGGACGUUCAGAAUAGAGGAAAUCCCUCUGGACCAGGUCGACCUGGAUAAGGAGAACGAGAUGUUGAUUCCAGUUGCACAUUUCCACAAGGAGGUCUUCGGGACUUUUGGAAUUCCGUUCUUGCUAAAGAUUCGUCAGGCCGAGCCCUUCAGAGAGGUGAUGAAGAGGAUCCAGAGCAUGCUGGAUAUCCAGGAGAAAGAGUUCGAAAAGUUUAAAUUUGCGAUCGUGAUGAUGGGCCGGCACCAGUACAUCAACGAGGACGACUACGAAGUGAACCUGAAGGACUUCGAGCCACAGCCGGGAAACAUGUCCCACCCCAGACCCUGGUUAGGGCUCGACCACUUCAACAAAGCGCCGAAGCGAGGGCGCUACACGUACCUAGAGAAGGCUAUCAAGAUCCACAACUGACGCGCUGUCUCUCCGCCCUAACCGACCCUUAUUAAAGACUCUAACCAGAAGUUGUGUGUGUGUGUGUGUGUGUGUGUGUGUGUGUGUGUGUGUGUGUGUGUGUGUGUGUGUGUGUGUGCGCGCCACUUUUUACCACCUGCCCUGCGGUUACACAGGCCCCGCCUAUGAAGUCUUCAGCAAGCCAGAGUUCCUGCUCAUCGUUUUUCUUUUUCUUUUUUUCCCCCCCCCUUUAGAAGCUCUUCGAUUCGACUUCUGUCGCCUGCCUGUUUUUGUCUGGGAGAAUGAAUUGAAUUUUAACAAACGGGGGAACAGUAUGAACUUUCUAGACAGGUGUAAUAUUUUUUUCCGUUUUUGGUUUUGUUUUCCUUUUAAUUUUUUGGUUUUAAAGAAUUGUUACGGCAAGAGAGCUGCUGCGUGCGUAGGGAGGGAGGGAGGAGGACGGAAACGAAAGUUUGGCCAUUUACCAAAAAAAAAAAAAACACAAAAAAAAAAAAACACAAAAAAAAAACCAGACGAACGGAUGGAUGUCGAGGAUAUUUAACCAACUUUUAACCAAAAAGGACACCACUGAUGGCUAAAGCUUGCUGAUAACUCUGAAGCAGUUCCGUGUUUUCUCGUCCCUUAGCGCAAAACUAGGUUUUUUUUUUCUUUUUUUUUUUUUUUUUUCUUCGUGUUUUUUUUUUUUUUUUCAUGUUUACACAAUUCUCACUUAGUUCAGUUAAGGAUUUCAGUCGUAUCUUUCAUGAAAAACUUGUAUGAUAAAAAUAAAGAUCCACAGCAUCGUUUUAAAAACAAACAACAAACGAAAUGAAUCGUCUGUACUUCAUUUUGCACGUUGGCACUUAAUAUCAAAGGUUUUGCAUUUCUCCACAUCGGUAAAUGUAAUCUUUGGUCGUGUUUUGGCCUUGAGGCCCCCCGUGUGUUCCUUUUCUCUCUCUCUCUCUCUCUCUCCCCCAGCCCACCUUCUUACGCUUUCUCUCUCUCUCUGCUUUUUCACCCUCUUUCGUUCCUCUGUCGUUUUUGCCGUGGGAUUGGAGGCGGUGUUGCUCCACGUUCGUCCUACAUUAGCAGGAGGCUGCAGACUUUCGCUAGACUGGUUCAGGAUGUAGAGAAACCAGCAUUAAAACGAACCUUUUUUUUUGUUUGUUUGUUUAGUUUUGUCUCUUUCCCCUAUUAUUAUUUUUUUUUUUUCUAAGCACAGGAGUCGUCAUGCUCCCGAGUGCGUAGUCUGCUUUGUAAAGACAAACGUUUAAAAUUGUAUAUUUAAAAAGAAUGGACAUGUAAAAUUAAAGACACACUUUUGUUGGGUACAGAUCGAUUCAGAUGUUCAUAUUCAUUGUGUGUAGUUUUAUUUUGGACACCGUUUUAUUUUCUUUUCCUCAACUACUUGCUACAGUUCGUUUUAAGUGCAGAUGCGGAUCACAUCUUUUGAUUCUGAUUCCCAGCCCCCAGUCUAAUUCCUCCGUGUAGCAGCAGUGUACAACAACAACAACUAUUCCUGUAUAUUGCCUUUUUGCUGAAAAAUGUAUGUUGAAUAAAAUUUUCUAUAAAAGCUA